AUGUGUGAAGGGCCAUCCAGGAUUUCUGGACCCAUUCCUCCAGACCCAACACUCUUUCCAGAGUAUUACAAACGCCCCUCCUCAGCUCGAGGGAGACUGGAAGGAAAUGCUCAGAAGCUGUAUUUAACCUCUGGCCCCCUGGAUCCAGUUCCCAACCUCUGCUCUGCUUUGGGCAGUGCCCGCCAGGCUCAGCCAGCCCCUCACAUUCGCCCCAGUGGAAAGGAAUUCCUGGAGAAGGGACAGAAAGGGACACUCAGCCUCUUGCUGCAGCUUGAAGGGAUCUCCCUUGAUGAGGGGAUGCCAGUUAAGAGGAAAGAGGCCAAGGACUAUGAGAAGGAAAAUGUGAGGCGGAUAAAGGAGAUCCAGAAGAAGUGCAAGGAGAAGGAGCGAGCCCAGGAGCGCAGCCAGCCCAAGCCUGUGAAAGCUCUGUGGAAAUCCCAGAAAUAUGAAAAUGUGGAGUCAAAGGUGAAGGCCAAACUGCAGGAGACCUCCCCACCUCCAAAUCCCGAGGCUGUGAAUUUCCUGAGGGCAUAUUCUCGCUGUGGCUCUGGGAUCAAGCCAUGCAGACCACUGUCCCCAAGGCUUGUCAGAGCAAAAGCAGGAGCAGACACAGAGGCUCCAGAGACACAGGGUGCUGAGAACAAGAUGCAGGUGGAGGGCAGGAGCGUUGACUUCAUCAGGCACAACGCCUGCACUGCCAAGCGAGCCCCGCUGCGCCGCUCCCAGUCCCUGCAGGCGCUGGCCGAGCUGCUGCAGCAGAAGCACCGGGAGCAGGAGGAAUACAACACCAAGCAAAAAGGACACGUCCCCCAGUACCUGCUGGAGAGGAAGGAGCUGUGGCGCAAGCAGAUGGAGGAGCGGCUGCGGAACCUGCCGGACCCCGACACGCCACCUGGUCACACCAUGAUGCCCGAGAGCCAGCGCCUGGACACCCUGAGCAAUCUGAAGCAGAGCCAGGAGCAGUUGAUAAAGGACCUGGUUCUGCUUCCAAUGCGUGGAGACAGCCUCAAGAUGCAGAAGAGGCGGGUAGAGCUCGAGAGGAAGCUCUCCCAGAUAGACGAGGCAAUCAAAAUUUUCUCAAGGCCAAAAGUCUUCAUCAAGUUGGACUCCUGA